UUCCUUCCUUCCUUCCUUCCUCCUCCUCCUCCUCCUCCUCCUCCUCCCGCAUCCAGCCACAACAACAACAACAGCCGGAGGGGGGCCGGGACACGAACUGAACACACCACUUAUCGACCGAGACACGAUUGAUGUCUUACAGCUGAAAGCCACAGUGGGAGGGGGCAGCGGGCGACAGGAGAUAUGGCGGCGUCGCUUCUCUCCGAGACCGACAUCAGGCACCGGUCCAUGGCGGAGGAGGAUCCGAACGGGAAUGAGCACGGGGCGGCUGCACGCAGCGCGGCGCCUCGCUGGGGACCGCAGCACGCCGGAGCCAGGCAGCUGGCAGGGCUGUACUCUCCAGGUAAACGGCUCCAGGAGUGGGUGUGCGUCAUUCUGUGCCUCUUCCUUUUCAUCGUCAACUUCUCCUUCCUCCUCCUGCACUUCUCCACCGUUCACAUGUUCAGGAUCGUCCUCGGCAUCGUCCUAGGAAUAGUGACGGCAGAUUUUGCGUCGGGGAUGGUACACUGGGGGGCGGACACCUGGGGAUCUGUGGACAUUCCCGUUAUUGGCAAGGCAUUUAUCCGGCCGUUCCGGGAGCACCACAUCGAUCCAACCGCCAUCACUCGCCACGACUUCAUUGAAACCAACGGGGACAACUGUAUGAUCCCCAUCCUACCGCUGGCUCACAUGGCCUACAAGUUCCUCACCUACACACCAGAGGCCUUGGCGUCAUCCUACCCCUGGGACUGCUACGUCUUUGCCCUGGCGGUUUUCGUGACGCUGACCAAUCAGAUCCACAAGUGGAGCCACUCCUACUUCGGCCUCCCGCGCUGGGUCACGCUGCUCCAGGACUGGCAUCUGGUGUUGCCACGGAAACACCACCGCAUCCAUCAUGUCUCGCCGCACGAGACAUAUUACUGCAUCACUACAGGGUGGUGCAACUAUCCACUGGACCAGUUGGGCUUUUGGAGACGGAUGGAGCAACUGAUCGAACACACGACGGGACAGAAACCACGAUCGGAUGACCUCGCAUGGGCAAAGAAGACUGACCUAUGAUCAAACACAAUAACACAAAUACACAGAAGAAGAGGGGUUGAACAGAGGGCCCAGGAUGGGGAGAAAAAAAAACACAUACACGCAUACAAAUUUUAUUCAUGUCUUUGCUUUCUUUUUUGCCUUUUUUUUUUUGCUAAUCAGCAAACAUUCAAAGAAACAGUGUUUGCAAAAACAUCUCACGAUGUUCUGAGUGAUCUCUAUUUGCACUGGAGUCUGUAUUUUAUUGAGCUUUGAGGGUAGACGCGAACGCUAAACCAGCUUGUGUGUUUGUAGGCCUGUUUAACCGGUGAGGUGUGGCGGUGUUGUGGUGUGUAGGUGUAGGAGGUUUUUCUGGAGGUUGGGCUCUCCAGGACUGACGCCACGCUGCCUGUUGUAGAUUGUUACACCACACACACGUAAAGAAAAAAAAAAAAAUCCAACCUCUUUUUUUAAUUUCUGAAAUGUUUUUUCUUUACUUGGAAGCUCUUGGAAUCACAACUCUUCUACAAAUUCUCUUGGGUGCAUUUACACACAAGAGAAUCUGAUGCUUAAGAAAAAAAACACACAGACGCAAGAAUAGCAAGAUAAGACUGUGGAGUGCAUGCUCUUACAAGCGAUACAUACACUGUCAUAACGCUGGUGUCAAGAGUCGAGUCUCACAUAUGUGCUUGCUGACUUUUAACCCUUUUUUAAUGUGCACAAAUACCUGUAUUCAUCAGUUAUCCAGCUACGGUUUCCAACCAAUAUGUGGUUUAACAAACUUUUCUUGAGCAAACAUUGACUGAAAGUUUGGAGGAGUCCAGUUUUCUGUUAGCCUGGUGCAGCUGGACUCAACCUUCAUCAGAAUAAGAGUCUGGUAACUCGCCAUGCAUAUUUCAUUAUUGGGCGUUUUUCAACCAGUAUAGAGAAAAAAACAAACCACAUCUGAAUGCAGUUUGUUCUUCAGCCAAUCAGAGAAGAGCAUUGUGUUGUGAAACAAAUUCAACUCACAAUGUGUGACUAUACUACUGUUACUCUCCUGUCAGAUAUUCCAGUCUGGGUUUUCUUUGUGGCUUUAGAAGUUCACUUCUCCAUGAUCAUGGUAAAGAUACUUUGUUUCAAAAUCAUGAUUCAGACUUUUCAUGGACGGGUAAUUGGAGGCCAUCUCUAACUUGAAUCCAUAUGUUUUUAGUAAUUAGCUGUUGUUGUUUUUUUAAAAAAGAAAACAAAAAACAUAAUCGUUGCACUUUCAUGCAUAUUAAGAGUGCAGCCACACUCAUUAGUCGUGUAUUUAUGGAAUCUUUAAUGUAAGGAAUGGUGCUGACAGAUGUCCAUCUUGCUUUACAAAUAUUAACAGGCCAAAGCUAAACUUUCUCUGGGUGGAGGUGCUUUGUAACUGAAGGUUAAGCAAGUUGAAGUAGGUAUAACGUAGGUGACAAAUACGUUGGAAUACCUUGACAUUUAUGGGGGGGGGAUGGGGGGGGAUUUUCCUUCUUGCAAAGAGUUCUAUGAGAGGCCUGAUACCGUUCUGGAAGAAUUUAAAUGAUAAGCAUCUCUCUAGAUGGAACAAAACCCAGCUCUAACCAUCAAUAUUUAACACCUUGAAUAAGCUGAAGAUCUUGUUACCUAUGGACAGAGUGUGAUUACCCCCGAUGAACGAUUCUCAGGAGGCUCAGAAUUCUUUAGCAGAAGACACACAAGUUUAAUCUUGUUUAAUCUUUUAUGCAUACAUCAGCAGUUUUACAGUAACUUCCUAUACGUUGCACACAGCCUGUUGCACAACAUACGGAAUGAGAAAGGCUUUAUUUAUUAGUGCUGAUUGUUCUGUGCUCUUUAACUUGGCAGUAGCAUUGAGAUACACUUGGUAGGCUGCGUUUUGACCCAGUGUAACCGAUAUUUGGAUAAUAGAUAUCCACAUGGAGCCAAGCUGUGCUUGUUUUAAGCUAAGCUGUCUGCUAAUUUUAGCUUCAUAUUCAGCAUUUAGCACAUAUACAUUUUUAGAUUUCAUCAUCUUUUGGCCAGAAAGCAAAUCACCAUAUUUACCAACAAGUGGGACUUUUUUUUUUAAUGUACGGUAUCAUUUUUAGAUUUUUUUUUUUUUUUUUAAAAAAACCUUGGGAUUUACUUUAUGCCAUUUUAAGUGGUUCAAACACGGCUGAACCCUGUUGGCUCUGUUGGUCAGUGAUUCUACUUUGCACCAACCACAAUUUUCUUCGAUAGCAGUACUCUGACACCAUAAACAGUCUUACAUAUGUACAUGCCUCCACAGCUCUAGACAGCUGACAGUAGCAUAGCUUAGCUAGUUGUUGCGUCCCUUCGGUGCUGCUUCUCCACAAAUUCUCUAGCACCAGGAUUUUGACUCUCCGUUUGUAUUCAGUUUAGAAACAGAAAGAUCUGUUAAGAAAGUUAAUUCUGUCAUUUUAAUUCUGAGUAGAUUUCAAUUGAAUCAGCCAUUAAAUAAAUCCUGAAAUCAGACUUUUAGAAACAGACAUUCUAAUCCUGAUGAACACUUUAUUUUCUUUUUGUGUCCAAACACAAACUCUAAUUGAAAUGAUAAAGAGGAAAUCUGUCCCACUGUAAGUCUUAAACACAUGCAUGGCACCAUUUGAACGUAGGUCUGUGUCAGCUGAUGUGAAAUGGCAGGAAAAUAGUCAAACUGUGACACAUGCACUUAAGCUCACUGUUACUAACUCUCUUCCAGGGAGUCUAGCUGCUUUAUUCAUAGUUUUAUUUGUAGGCUGGAAAUUCCUUCAGUCGCAGAAGGUCAAUAAUAACAGCACUUUAUCGUUACGCCAAGUAAAUGUCUGAAAAUGUGUCCUGCAAGCACCCGUCCACUCCGCUUGACAUAAUAACGAUGAAAUCACGUCUCACCUGCAUGUACACACACAUUAUGAAUCUCAAAUGCAGUCAUACACACAAGCACACACACACACACACACACGCUCUUUGUCAUGUGUUUUGCUGUUUUCUCUAGCUUUAUAAUUUUCUAUUUUUUUAUUCAAUAGAUCGAGCCUUGUAUUAUUCAAUUCCAUUUUGCAGCUCUAUGCUCGCUGCUCGUCUGCCUUAAUGUUUUUAUCUGCUCUUUGAUUUAAAUAAAGGUUUAUCUACUCCAGA